AUGGAAACAGAAAACCGUAUCGGAGGAAAAUUCAUCAUCGGCUCUAAAAUUGGAGGCGGCUCCUUUGGUGAAAUUUUUAGUGGAAUAAAUAUCAACACAAAUGAAAAAAUUGCAAUCAAGUUUGAGCCGACAAGUUGUAAAACCCCUCAACUUAUUUCAGAGGCAAAAAUUAUGAGAUCUCUAGAAAAAGGCACUGGAAUUCCAAAGAUUUUUUGAUAUGGUGGCUCAGAUAACGGGAAUUACAUGGUUAUGGAAUUAUUGGGAUCUUCUUUAGAGGACCAAUACAACUUUUGUCAUCGAAAAUUUACAUUAAGAACCACAAUAAAGCUAGCUGAUCAGAUGCUGCAUAGAAUCGAAUUUGUCCACAAUAACAAUAUUAUUCAUCGAGAUAUAAAGCCUGAUAACUUUAUUAUGGGCUUAGGCUCAAAAUCUGGAAUUGUUCAUAUAAUUGAUUUUGGGCUCAGCAAAAAAUAUAGAGAUCCUCGCACUAAACAACACAUUCCAUAUCGUGAAAACAAAAGCUUAACAGGCACAGCAAGGUAUGCGUCGAUAAAUACUCAUAUGGGUAUAGAGCAAUCUCGUAGAGAUGACUUGGAAAGUAUCGGAUACUCUAUUGUUUAUUUUUAUAGAGGAAAUCUCCCAUGGCAAGGAGUUAUUUUAGCUCUUAGUUAAGAUAUUGAGUAGGUCCUGCGAGAUCUUACUCCCCCCCCCCCCCUCCGUGAGCGAACAAAACCAUUAGAAAAAUCGCCAUUUUUUGACCAAAAACCCACCCUCCGUGAGUGAACAAAAAUUUUUUUAAUAGAAAAAAUUUUAAUGGAAAAAAAAUUUUGAUAUAUAAGUGAUAAUUAGUAUAAUGAAAUCUAGAGCUAAUUCUGUUUAAUUUUAAACAAAAUUGCGUUUUAAAACAUAAAUUUUGCAAAUUAAAUUAAUAUUUGCUUCCCAAUUUUUGCAAAUUAGGAUUUUUUUAAAUUUCGAAAAAAUAAUAUUUUUUAUAAAAAUUUAUAUAUAAAUUUUUUUUAAAAAAAAAAAAUUAACCCCCCUCCGUGAGCGAACAAAAUUUUUUUGUUCGCUCACGGAGGGGGGGGGGGGAGUUAGGUAUUUUUCUCCACUCAUGCUUCAAUUGUCUGUUUCCGCUUCGCUCCUUCAAAAUGUGCUUGAACACUAGCUUGAGCGUAGGAAUAUAGGCCACCAUGCCGUACACAUGACUUGGGUAGAUCUUUCCCAGAAGUAAACCCUGACUUGAACGUGAGAAUACGACCGUCUCAGAACUUGCUACAAAUCCAAAUUAAAGCCUAGCCGGAUACUUUCGGAACGCUAUUCUCCUUUCCACAAGGUCCCGGUAACCCCAGCAGUAAGUGUUAGGAAGACAGGUUGAAUCGCAUCGGCAUUUUUAAUGUAUAUGGUAUAGGAGUCCGCACAGGAACAAAGCAAGAAAAAUACCAAAAAAUUAUGGAAAAAAAAAUUGGGACACCAGUUGAUCAGCUCUGUCGGGGUUUUCCUCAAGAAUUUAUAUACUUUUUAUAGUAAAUCUAAAAUAAUCAUUUUUUAUUUCAUUUUAUGAAUAUUUACUAAAAUUUAUAUAAAUUAUAUGAGCUAUUGCCGAUCGUUACAUUUUGAGGAAAAACCUGAUUACGAUUAUUUAAGGAGACUAUUCCAGACUGUUAAUACAAAUGAGCAAUUUUCAAAUGAUUUUAAAUUUGACUGGGUAAAGUCAACUGCUUCUUCGCAUGGGAGUUCAAGAUCUGGAAAUAGAAGACAUAAGCAUAAGAAGGUAAAACAUACAGAGCCACAGCCUCUGCCCCAGGAUGAAAAAAUUAGCUCUUCAGAGUCAGCAGAAAGCAUAGCUAAAACUAUUGUUACUGAUAGUUGGCCUGAGUUUAAAGAUAGGGAAAAAAUAUUUAAAACAAGAUAUUUAGCUGAAUUAGCAAAUCAUGUCACGAUCGCUCAAUUAGAACAAGGGUGUAUUAUAUAUACUAAUUUAAAGGGAAUUUACUUUUAGCUAAAAAUUAGGCAGUUGCAUGGUAUUCAAUUUUAUAUAGAAUAUAUUAA